CGUGGCAGAAUAUUAUUGGAAAACGGGAGGCGAGUUUCCUUUGAUAAAGUCGUCUACUACUUCUUUAAAUAGGAUCGUUUCUUUUCCUUGUUUUCUCAUCCUUUUUUUCUUCAACAUUCAUCAAUCGAUUUUCUCAAUCUAAUCCCAAUCUCUGUCAAGAUGCAAAUCUUUGUGAAAACCCUCACCGGAAAGACAAUCACCCUUGAAGUCGAAAGCUCUGACACCAUUGACAAUGUCAAGGCUAAGAUUCAAGAUAAGGAGGGGAUCCCCCCAGACCAGCAAAGACUGAUCUUCGCCGGGAAACAGCUUGAGGACGGCCGUACCCUAGCUGAUUACAACAUCCAGAAGGAGUCAACCCUCCACCUUGUGCUCCGUCUUAGGGGAGGAAUGCAGAUCUUCGUGAAAACCCUCACUGGAAAAACCAUCACCCUCGAAGUCGAAAGUUCCGACACCAUUGACAACGUCAAGGCUAAAAUCCAAGAUAAGGAGGGUAUUCCCCCAGACCAGCAAAGGCUGAUCUUCGCCGGAAAACAGCUCGAGGAUGGCCGAACUCUUGCCGAUUACAACAUCCAGAAGGAGUCAACUCUCCACCUUGUCCUCCGUCUCAGGGGAGGUAUGCAGAUCUUUGUGAAGACUCUUACGGGAAAGACCAUUACCCUGGAGGUUGAAAGCUCCGACACAAUUGACAACGUGAAGGCUAAGAUCCAAGAUAAGGAGGGUAUUCCCCCAGACCAGCAGAGGUUGAUCUUUGCCGGAAAGCAGCUUGAGGAUGGCCGAACCCUCGCUGACUAUAACAUCCAGAAGGAGUCCACCCUUCACUUGGUCCUUCGUCUGCGUGGUGGUAUGCAGAUUUUUGUCAAGACCCUCACCGGAAAGACCAUCACCUUAGAGGUGGAGAGCUCCGACACUAUUGACAAUGUCAAGGCAAAAAUUCAGGAUAAGGAGGGUAUUCCCCCAGACCAGCAGAGGUUGAUUUUCGCGGGUAAGCAACUUGAGGAUGGCCGUACUUUGGCUGACUACAACAUCCAGAAGGAGUCUACCCUUCACCUGGUGCUCCGUUUGAGGGGAGGGAUGCAGAUUUUCGUCAAGACCUUGACGGGAAAGACCAUCACGUUGGAGGUUGAGAGCUCAGACACCAUCGACAAUGUUAAGGCGAAGAUUCAAGACAAGGAGGGCAUUCCCCCAGACCAGCAGAGGUUGAUUUUCGCCGGCAAGCAGCUGGAGGAUGGGAGGACUCUUGCGGAUUACAAUAUCCAGAAAGAGUCUACCCUUCACUUGGUUCUUCGUUUGAGGGGAGGAAUGCAGAUUUUUGUGAAGACCUUGACCGGAAAGACCAUCACCCUAGAGGUGGAGAGCUCUGAUACGAUUGAUAAUGUUAAGGCUAAGAUCCAGGACAAGGAGGGGAUCCCCCCAGACCAGCAGAGAUUGAUCUUUGCUGGGAAGCAACUUGAGGAUGGGCGUACCUUGGCUGAUUACAACAUUCAGAAGGAGUCCACCCUCCACCUUGUCCUCCGUCUCCGUGGUGGUUUCUAAGCUGAUGGGUGGUAUUUGUCUUUUGAGGGAUUUAUGUCUUUGUGGUCUCUCUUAUCAACUGUGAAUCUAGUAGUUCUUGAACAAUUUCUUUUAGUUGGUAUCCAUUAUCGGGUUCUGUUUAGUGAUAUUGAACUUCAAUAGUUCUGUGAAUAAGAUGUCCCGUUUGUGA